UGCAGGUCUGGUAACGGGGUCUGCCAGCGAGCGCCGCUCUCUUGCUCCGUGCGUCUGUUCAUUCCGAUGGGUGACAGCAUCUCUGGCCAUCUGCUUCUCGACAGGGUGUGAUUUCUGCUCGGACAACACCCUGAACUCAAUUGCACCCUCCACUUCAAAACUCCUUCGGGUGACCGCGAACUCUGACCUCCUGCGCGGUGACAUGCGGAGCUUCGGAGACAACAAGUGGUGCUGACAAUUUUGUGUAUUUUGACUGAACAGUUUCUUGGACGAGAUGAAGGUGUUUGCCCGGGUGAUGGGCACCCUGGUGGUGCUGCUCUGCGUCCUCUUCCCCGUCAGCUUGGAACAGGUGUUCGGCGGUGUGCCCACUUUCGAUGGAUUGCCAGGUUGGACUGAAGACCACAUAGAUCCAUACAAAGAUCAGGAUUUCCACCACGGAGGCGAGGAGCACAACGAGGACUACGCUUAUGAGGAUCACCAAGACCAUCACCUUCCCUUGGACGACGUCCACAACAAUGGGUCUGCGUUCGCCACUCAUUCCGGCGACGGCAACUCAACCUCCGAGCCGUCUCAUCACUCAACAGUCGGCGCAACGGCUCCCACGGGCACAUUGCGAAUCGUGCGGCCGCUGCAGAACGUGACCAAGAAGGUCGGAGACACGGUCAAGUUGAAGUGCGAGGCCGAAGGCGACCCGCCGCCCACUCGCUUCAGGUGGCUGGCGAACGACGCACCCCUCCAGGAAAAGCGCAACAAAGUGACGGUCCGCAAGUUGGGAGGCGGCGCGCACGGAUCACGCCUCAGGAUCACUGAACUCGAGGUGCACGACACAGGGUUCUAUACCUGCGAGGCUUCCAACGGCAAGCAAAAGGUUUCCACCACCUCCGUCGUCAGGGUUGAAGCCGACAAGUGGGGAGGCGGCAUGCCGGGCGGCACAACCCUUCAGAACUACCCCCAUUCUUCAUUCUCCGAAUUGGACGAAUUCUCCAGAAAUUUGCCGGACGACAUUUCCCACUCGCACCAUUCCGAGGAGGAGUUCGACCACGACGACGACGAAAUGGGCAUGAUUGGGGAGAAAGGGGUGAUUUUCGAGGGUGGAAUUCGCCCCGACGAUUUGGGAAAAUCGCCGCCGGCGUUUGGAGGCCAUCCCGGGGGCCUCGCAGGGGCAGGUCUCGAUAUGCCAGGACCUGGACUUGGACAUCCUGGUUUUUUGCCGGCCCAUUUGCCAGCACACGCUGAGGAGGCUGGUUGUCAGCCGUAUCGAGGCAAGGCCUGCGCCGAUUACAUUGGAAACGGCUCUGUUUUUGUCACAGCAAUCGGUCAAACCAUGAUCGAGAAAAAAUUGUCUGCUGCUUUCUCCGUCAUCAAAUCAUCUCCUGACUUGUCCAUGAGAUGUUCUGAAUUUGCGAAACCGUCCCUCUGCUACACUGCCUUCCCAGUUUGUUCAGAGGAAAGUGGAAGACCGAGGGUUGUGUGUCGAGAGGAAUGCGAGCUGCUCGAACAAGAUUUAUGCCGAGUCGAGGUUGCCAUUGCCAAGAGACACCCUUCAAUUGGCCAGCAGUUUGUGCUGCCCGACUGCAACUCGUUGCCACCAGUUGGGUCUGACGACAGCCGAGACUGUCAGCGUCUCGGAAUUCCUCACGCACACAACAUUGUCAUCCCAGAGCAUGGGUGUUUCAAGGAUAGGGGCCAAGAUUACAGGGGCGUUGAGAGCAGUUCAGCCUCAGGGCGGCCCUGCAUGGCCUGGUCAAUGCAGCAGUCAGGCUUGAAACCUGCCGAAUUCCCUGAGCUGAGCGGCGGACACAGUUUCUGCCGCAACCCAGGCGGCCAAGAACAGCAACCCUGGUGCUUUGUUGGACCUUCUCACAGGGAACUCUGCGCUAUUCCUAAAUGCGUGGACAACAUGUGGUUGUAUGCCGUGGUCGGAGCUGCAGGUGUGACCUUCAUCGUACUUCUACUCCUUCUCUACUGCUGCAUUAGACUUCGCAAAAGCAAAGCCAGACGUCCAACGCACGCUUUCCCUUCUCCGAGGAACGGAGGCGCUUCCAUAGGCAAAGGGAGUGGAAUCAUGAUUCCUGGCCAGCAGCAGGACUCGCGGCAACUCGUCGAAAUGAGCUCUCUUUUAGGCUCUCACCAAAAAGGUCCUCGUUCCGACGGCGGACACUCUGGAGCAGGAAGUUCCUCUUCGACCGGUGGCUGCCGAGCCAGGGAAUUCAUUCAGGAGCAUGUUCGUCUGCUCCAGGAACUAGGAGAAGGCGCUUUUGGCAAGGUUUACAAGGGAGAGCUGUUGCUGGACGGCAUGCCAACGCCUGUCGCUGUUAAAACUCUCAAGGAAAAUGCCACCGCAAAAACGCAGCAGGAUUUCCGCAGGGAGGUGGAUUUGAUGUCCGAUUUGAGGCAUCCGAACAUCGUCUGCCUGUUGGGAGUCGUUCUUCGAGGAGAGCCGCUGUGCAUGCUAUUCGAAUACAUGGCACAUGGUGAUCUUCACGAGUUCCUGAUGGCCCAUUCCCCAUUCAACGAGCCCGAGGCUGGAGAAAUCCGCAGACCUCAGCUGGACCAAGCAGAUUUCCUUCACAUUUCUAUUCAAGUAGCAGCAGGCAUGGAGUACUUGAGUGGUCACCACUAUGUGCACCGAGACUUGGCUGCGAGAAACUGCCUAGUCGGAGACAAUCUGACUGUAAAAAUUUCCGACUUUGGACUCUCCAGAGACAUUUACUCGUCGGACUACUAUAGAGUACAAUCUAAGUCUUUACUCCCAGUCAGGUGGAUGCCACCAGAGUCAAUUUUAUAUGGCAAGUUCACAACUGAGAGUGAUGUUUGGAGCUACGGAGUGGUUUUGUGGGAAACCUACAGCUAUGGCUUACAGCCAUAUUAUGGAUACAGCAACCAAGAAGUCAUUGACAUGAUCAGGUCGAGACAACUCCUCCCUUGUCCUGAUUCGUGCCCGUCUCGCAUCUACUCGCUGAUGAUGGAGUGUUGGCACGAAGUUCCUUACCGGCGACCAUCAUUCCCCGAAAUUCACGCCCGGCUACGGACGUGGAGUGCGAUGCCCGCACCCACCCCUUCCCACGGCGCGCCAAGCAUAGGCGGCAGCAGCAGUCAGCGCUCGAGCACUGGCCCCAGCAACAACACCGGCUCCACUCAACUCAGCAGCCACCACCACCCUCACCACCAAGCGUACCCGCAGCCCUACGCAUCGAGCCCUUUCAACACCUUCAACCCCAACAUGCCCGCCCAGUACAAUGCAGUGCAGUACUUGAGGGGCCAACAGCAGCAGGCCUGCCAGAGUCCUCACCGGGGCGGAGGCCAACACCACGUCAUGGGCUCCUUCCACGGCGACGGCAAAGUCUCCAACAUUUGAAUUUUUGAUUCGAGAGUUUAGGGGGUGCUUUGAUUGGAUCAACCAUACUGCACGCGGGGUGACAGCUUUGUACAUUGGAGUUAUGCAAAUUCUGUUUCGCAUUCAUCGCUAGUUGACGUUUUAGAAUUUCACCGGACAAUAUUAGGCCAUCCCGCGUCUUUUAACCAAAUACCAAAGUUAAAUGAAUUUCACUAAUCAUAAGUCUGAUCAGCAGCGAAAUCGAUCAAAGCACCCAUUUAAAAUUUGUACAAAUCUGCUGCGAUUUUUGGCCAAGUCCGAUCAUGAACGCAAUUAUAAAUUACAUGAAAGUCAUAUUGUGUCAUUUUUGUAAGUGUGUAAAAAGUUAUUUUACGGCAGUAUUAUUAAAUUGUAUGUACAUGUUGAGUGAUACUGUACCAUGACAAAACACGUUUGCCAUAAAAUACCUCUCUCGAAUUCUAUUGCUGGACUCAUGGUCAAUGUCUUGGUGUCACUUCAUUGUGUAACUGUUGUAUUAAUCUUUCUGUGCCACCAAUUUUUCUCAUUUUUUUCUAAUGAGGCAGCUUUUUUAAAAUUUAGGACUAAAAUACUCACUUUUUUAUUUGACGACUAUGAAUCUGAUUAGAAUUAUGCAUUUAAUUCCUUCUCACCAGCAAAUAAAAUUAUAUAUUGGUGCAGCUUAAAAUAAUUGUAAGCGACUACAGUAUGAAUCCUAAUUUUGAACUUUUCAUAUUUAUUUCGAUUGUGAUUAAUGUGGUUUUAAUCCUCUAUGUUAUGUAAAUAAAA